GGUGAUACUAAGACACAGAUUAUACCGUGUACACUUUCUGAACUCAGACUGAGGAUAUUUUUUCUAAAAGAUCAAGAUGAAGACUCUGCUGUUGUUCUCACUGAGCCUUACAGUUGCUCUGGGAAUGCCACCGUUUGCUCUUGAUGUGGCACAAAAGCCUGUCCUAGUUAAAGAAGACCAAAAACCAGUGCUGGGGGACUGGCUUCCUGUGCAGGGCCACGUGGUCGUGGAAGAUCCUCUGCCUCAGGUCAAACAAGAAGAAAAGAAAGAGCAGGCGAAAAUGGCUCCCGGGGCAGCGAAAGAGGAGCAGAGUGUGAUGGAAAAAGAGGUAAAAAAAGAGAAACCAGAGGUUAAGGUGGAGGAAAUGGGUCAAGAUACUACAGAAGUUCAGAUGGAGCAGCAGGUGAAAGAAAAGCAAGAAGUUAAACCAGAGCAAGAAGCAAAGGUGGAGCUAAAAGUGGAGAUGGAGCAAGAAAAAACUGCAGCAAUGAAGGAGGAGGUAAAGGCUGAGGUGGAGCCAGCAGUUAAGAUGGAGCCAGAAGUUAUGUCUGAACCUGAGGUACAAGUAAAGCCAGCGGUUGAGGUGGAGGAAGUUAAAGAGGAGGUGGAGCCAGAAGUUAAAAUGGAGCCAGAAGUUAUGUCUGAACCUGAGGUACAAGUACAGCCAGUGGUUGAGGUGGAGGAGGUUAAAGAGGAGGUGGGGCCAGAAGUUAAGAUGGAGCCAGAAGUUAUGUCUGAACCUGAGGAACAAGUACAGCCAGCGGUUGAGGUGGAGGAGGUUAAAGAGGAGGUGGAGCCAGAGGAUGAGCUUCAAGAUGAGUUUGGGGUGCAAAUGGACCUCCUGCCAGAGACAGAAGCAGGUCUUGAGGCUGAUGAAGAGCACACUGACUUUGAGGGACAAUUUGAAAUGUUUGAGGAACCUCUCAUGGAGCUGGAACCGCUGGAUGAUGACAAAGUGGUUGAAAAAGAGCAGAGCGAUGCAGAGCAGACAGAAAAGGAAAACUCCCCAAGAGCGGCAUUUCAAAAUCUACCUGUGCAAGACGAGGAAGGGUUUGUAAAAGAGAGUGACGCUUUAUUUGAUGAACCAAUCAUGGAGCUGGAGCCAGAGGAAGGGGAAGAGGCCCCCCAGUAUGCCAUGCCAGGUGCUGAAAAUAUGGAGGAAGGGCCACUGUUGGACUUUAUGGGUGAUCCAGUGAAACCUUUCGAUGAAUAUUUCCCAAAUGAAGAGGCGAGGAUGGGGAUGGAUGACGGUUUUCCUGCAGAGGAGCCGGACUAUAUGAUGAUGGAGGAACCAGGAAGUGAGUUUAAGGAGGAGAUGUCUAAACAGAGAAGCUUUUCACUGGCACAAGACAACCAAGCCACCAGGCAGAGCUAUUGUUCUGGACUUCUGCUGGGGGAAACUUGUUACCUGUUUUUCCAAGAGCAAAAAAGGGCAGCAGAUGCUGAGUUCUACUGCCAGGACAGUUUCCCUGGUGGCCACCUGGCCUCCGUCACGAGUCAGAACAUCCACAGAGAGGUGAUAGAGUUGAUGCUGCAGGAGAACGGGACUCUGACUGACAGCUGGAUUGGAGGGCUGAGAUAUUUGGAUACUGGUCGCUUUAUCUGGUUGGAUGGAUCCCAGUGGGACUAUUCUGAUUGGCUGUCAGGGGAGCCCAGUAACAAUGCAGAGGAGGAAUGUGUGAAAAUGGCAGCACUUGGAAAAGGAAAGUUCAGUGGCUCCACAUGCUCGGAACCUCAGUCUUUUAUCUGCUCUUUCCCUUUCCAGUGAAAGUACAGUGAGCUUUUGUCUCAUCAGAGUCUGAUGCUUUAAGGUUGAAGUCACAUCUUAGAAGGAAAUGGGCGGACAACAAACAACGACUUACAGUAAAGAUCCAUACUUCAUCAACUCAGGUCCUCCAAGAAUGUUGUAUAUAUUAUUCUAUUAUGGUUUUGUAUUGUUUUAAAAUGAAGCCAAAUGCUGUAUAAAAAAUAAAAAAUAUUUGUGAUA